CGGCGGCAGAAGCGGUGGGUAAAGUAUCACGUUUGUGCUAUUGACCAAACGUCUAAUUUCUCUCAUGCCUAAUUCUAAUAUUCUACGCCCUCCUCCUCUUUCAUCUACUCUUCUGUCUUUCUCCUUUCCUGUUUCUUUCCCUUUUCACACCCAAUUCUCUUGGAAGCGAAUUUUUGUUUUUAUUUCUAUUUUUUUUUCGGACAUUUUCUUAAGCAAAUUAGCAACAACCAGAAACAAAUCGUAAUAAUUGCUUCCAUUGGAUCCUCCUCCCUCAAUCCCCGCAGGUGAAACACCGCAAUCGAGACUUUUUGGCUUUGAAUAGUUGUUUUUUGACCCUACUGGUAUGAGAAUCAGUAGCUUCACGGGGGACGGAACCGGAUUUUGGCUCGGUUAGGUGCUCCAGGACAUCUUUGAUCCAUGGGGGAGUGGGUGGUUGGAGCUAUCAUCAACGUAUUUGGCAGCAUUGCCAUAAACUUUGGGACUAAUCUUCUAAAAUUAGGUCAUAAUGAGAGAGGGAGGAGUUUGUUGCUAGACAAUAACGGAGCAAAUGGAAAGCUUGUACCAAAGCCUAUCAUAUACUUUCAGACUUGGAGAGUUGGUUUACUAUUUUUCUCUCUGGGAAAUUGUCUUAAUUUCAUUUCUUUCGGAUAUGCUGCUCAGUCACUUCUUGCAGCCCUGGGAUCAAUUCAAUUCGUUUCCAACAUUGCAUUUGCCUACUUCGUUUUGAACAAAAUGGUGUCUGUCAAGGUACUGGUUGCCACAGCCUUUAUUGUUCUUGGGAACAUUUUUCUUGUUGCUUUUGGCAACCACCAGUCACCUGUUUUCACACCAGAGCAGUUGGCGGAGAAGUUCAGCAACGCUACAUUCCUGGUUUAUUGUCUGAUUUUGAUCCUGGUUGUCGCAUUGAAUCACUACAUUUACAGGAGAGGAGAGAUGCAGUUUGCUAUUUCUGGACAGGACCUUGAGCCUUACUGGCACAUGCUGCUUCCAUUUUCCUAUGCUACAGUUUCAGGUGCCGUAGGAUCAUGCUCAGUGUUGUUCGCAAAAUCUCUCUCCAACCUGCUGAGAUUGGCAAUGUCUAGUGGCUAUCAGUUGCAUAGCUGGUUCACAUACUCCAUGCUUCUUUGCUUUCUUAGUACAGCUGGAUUUUGGAUGGCAAGGUUGAACGAAGGGUUGUCAUUGUUUGAUGCAAUUCUUAUUGUUCCCAUGUUUCAAAUUGCUUGGACUUUCUUCUCUAUUUGUACAGGAUUUGUAUACUUUCAGGAAUAUCAGGUAUUUGAUACAUUAAGGACAACAAUGUUUAUACUAGGAAUGAUGUCUGUGUUCAUAGGCAUUUCAUUGCUGGCACCUGAUGAGCCAAAAGGUGGUGAAACCAAAGAUAAUUCAACUUUAGCAUCCAUCACAUCUUCAAGCACUCCCACUGAUACGGACAGGCUUAUCACGCCAUCAGAAGAUGCACAAACUCAAGACCCGAGAUCGCGUAUGCAAGCAAUGCUAAUGAAGGCUACAGAAGCGAUAGUCAAGGCAAAGGCUGCUUGUUCAUUAUCACUUGGUUUUGGAGAGGAUUCAAUCAAUGCAUCAGCUGGUCUUGUGAUGCCCAUGGUGUCAUCAAAGAUAACUGGGUUCAGAGGAAGUAGUCCUGAUGGAGGUAGACUUUUCUCUCUAAAAAACCCUGGUUGGACUAAAAUCUCAAUGGACGAGGAUGGUGCAAAAAUGCUAGACACGAGUUCUUCUAUGCUACCAACCAAGCAUCAGGGGGAAGUGCAUAUGGGCAUGAAGGCCAACUGCAUCGCCUUGAUAAAGCAAUGUGUCACCCUCGAAGCUCUCAAAUCGCUUCACGCCUCCAUCCUCAAAUCCCACCUCCACCCCCACCUCUGUACCAGCCUCAUUGCUCAGUACGCCUCUCUUGGCUCCAUUUCUCACGCCUACGCCCUCUUUUCUACCUCCCAUUCCUCAAAUGUCUUCCUCUGGAACCACAUCAUCCGAGCCUUCUCAAACACUCCUCAUUCCCGCAAUUCCCUGCGUCUCUACUCUCGGAUGCUACAACUGGGCAUCCAAGCCACCAAUUUUACCUUCCCUUUUCUUCUCAAGGCAUGUGGGUGUCUUGCAGAUUUUGAGUUGGGCGCUCGGGCUCAUGCCCAUGUGGUGGUUUUCGGGUAUGAGUCGGAUGUUUUUGUUGCUAAUUCUCUGAUGGCCAUGUAUGGUAGGUUUGGCUGUUUUGACUUUUCACGACAAGUGUUUGAAAGAAUGCCUGAAAGAAAUGUUGUUUCGUGGAGUUCAAUGGUGGGAGCAUACGCCCACAAUGGUCGUUAUGAAGAAGGGUUGCUGUUGUUUUGGAGGAUGCUGAACGAGGGUAUUGCGCCCAAUAGGGGUUCCAUAGUGAACGCGAUGGCAUGCAUUCACAGGGAGCAUGAAGCUGAUGAUUUUUGUAGGGUUGUGAUUGAUAAUGGUCUCGAUUCGGACCAGUCUGUGCAAAAUGCUGCAAUGGGGAUGUAUGCUCGAUGCGGAAGAAUAGAUGUGGCUCGGCGAUUUUUUUAUGGGAUUCUUGACAAGGAUUUGGUGGCUUGGACUUCCAUGAUUGAAGCUUAUGUUCAAGCUGAUUUGCCCAUCAAUGCUUUGGAGCUUUUUAAACAGAUGAAAUUGCUAGGAAUCGUCCCUGAUUCUGUGACCCUUCUCAGUUUGAUCCAUGCUGUUUCAAAUUUAGCAUCUUUUCAGCUAGCUCGCUUUGUUCAUGGGGUAAUAACCCGGAGCUUCUUCAAAAAUCACAUUGCUCUAGACACUGCAGUGAUUGAUCUCUAUGUGAAAUGUGGAAACUUAGAAUAUGCUAGAAAAUGUUUUGAUAGGAUGUCGGCAAGAAAUUUAAUUUCUUGGAGCACCAUGAUUUCAGGAUAUGGGAUGCAUGGCCAUGGGAGAGAAGCUCUCUGCCUGUUUGAUCAGAUGAAGGCUUCAAUAAAGCCAGACCACAUUGCAUUUGUAAUGGUGUUGUCUGCCUGCAGUCAUGAAUUAUUAUCCAUGGAAUCCAAUACCAGUAGAAAUAGCAUUCAAGUCAAAGUGAUGUCCUGCAAAGAUCUCAGAGCAUUCAACUUCUUCCAGAAACUCUCGGUCUAUGCAAUUGUGUCUCUGGUGAGCGAUGAUCCCGAUCAAAAACUGGAGCCGCACCACCAGCAGCAGCAGAGGACGCCUGCAGACAAGGAGGGAGAUGGGAACCCGGAGUGGAAUCACCUCAUGGAAUUCAAUUUAAUCGAGGGCUUUGGCCUCCACCACCUCUUUAUCCAUUUCGAUCUGCGCUGCGAAGGCCUCGUGUUCGGAAUCGGAGACAAAGCCCUCGGAGAAGUUCGCGUCCCCUUGGAUGAUCUCAUCCAACCGGACUCCAACGGAAUCAUGAGGUUUGUGAGUUAUCAGGUGCGUUCCGGCGACGGAAAACCAAAUGGGGUUUUGAAUUUCUCGUACAAAGCAGUGAUGAAUGAAAUGGGGAAGAAGGAAGAGAUGGGUUGUUCAUCUCCGUCUCCGGCGAAUGAGAUCACAGGGUUUCCGAUACGGCAUCAACCCACUACUCCUCCACCAACUCUAUAUCCCACCUUAGAAUUGGAAAUUCCAAGCCCCUCAACUCCUCAACAAAUUCAGUAUACAUCCCCAGGAACAGGAUCAAUGCAACACCCGCCCCAUCAGCCUUAUUAUCCACCACCACCACCACCACCACCUGGUUACUAUCCACCACCUCCACCGUUACAUCCACCACCACCGUUAUUUCCGCCACCGCCACCGCUGCCGUACUACCAGCAUCCUCCACAUGGGGUACAUUCAUGGGGGCCCAACCCAUACUGGGGUAGGUUUGAUAGCUGAGGGAGGUGGGUAUGGAGCAGGGCAAGAUGGCAGGUAAGGAAUGGUUGGUGAGGAGGGCUUCAAUUAUUGUAAUGUAGCUGUUGGAUGGAUGGUUAGAAAAGGCCCAAGUCCUUCACAUAUUUGCCCCUUCCACUUUGAAUGGUUGGUGGUUGCCUUCUCAUCAAGAUACUCUUGCUUUUAUACAAAUAGUAUCUGAUAUUUGCAAUAUAUUUGAUUGUUUGAGCUU